AUGGGAUGGGAUGGGACUGGUCAUGAUUCCCAUCGGAUGGGAUGGGAUGAAUAUUGUUUUUCAGAGGAUCCCAUGGGAUGGGAUGGGAUAAGUCGCAUCGUCCCGUGGUACGAAAAAAAAUCAAAAAUGCAAUAUAAAUCACUGAUUUUUAUUUUGUUUUUACUUACAUUAUUGACAAUCAGUCAAGCAAAUGAAUCAUUUAAUAUUCCAUUGGAUAAUCAUUUAGUGAAUCAUAUUGAAGUAGUUAAGCAUGAACCUCGUAGUUUGGGUUGUAAUGGAGUAAAUGAUCAAAACGUAUAUAAAUGUCGAAUGCAUUGUCGAAGUCGAAAAUUUAAAAAUGGUCGAUGUAGUAAAUUAUCAAAUUAUAUGCAUUGUGUGUGUUAUACAUCACUAAAUCCAAAAGCAUAA